AUGGACCAGGUCGCGGCCAAUGCGGAGGGACUGUGGGCGCGCAACCCAGUUGCCCUCGUUGGAGCUGUCGCUGGAGGGCGGCGACACACCGUCUACGGGGUGGCCACCUGCGACGGCGGCUUCAGCUGCGCCUAUCUCAACAACUCGUGGGCCAACCAGACGACGCCGAUGCCAGCGCGAGACGAACCCGCGCAUCGUCUUCGAGCGGCUGUUCGGAGACGUGGGAAGCACGAGCACCGAGGCGAGGCUGGGGCGCGCGCAGCGCGGCAGCGGAGCAUUCUCGACGCGGUGAUGGACAAGGUGGCCCGUCUGGAAGAAGGGCUGGCGCCGUACGACCGGCGCAAGCUCGACGAGUACCUGGAGGCCGUGCGGGGAUCGAGCGGCGCCUGCAACUGGCGGAGCAGCAGGCGGACCGGGAGCUGCCGGACGUAG